UUCAUCACUUCUUCACUUCAGGCUGGAGACAUCUGAGAAACUCUUUAAUAAAUCCUGGAAAAAUCUCCAACAAAGCUGCCGUCCACAAGUGGAGUCUUUGAAACUUGAGGACCGUCGCUGGUUUGAUUCUCCUGCAAAAAAAACAUGAAGUCCCGGAGGCCCAGCUGCACCGACUCGGGGUCAGAGUCCUCUGAACUAGACAGCAGCAGCCCUCAGAAGUUUGAGACCGUUGUAAGGCGGCGAAUGGCUGCUAAUGCCAGAGAGAGGAAGAGGAUGCAGGGUUUGAACACAGCCUUCGAUCGCUUACGGAAAGUGGUCCCUCAGUGGGGCCAGGACAAAAAAUUGUCCAAGUAUGAAACCCUGCAGAUGGCGCUCAGUUACAUCGUUGCCUUGAACAGGAUUCUAACAGACUCCAGGAGGAACAACAGCACAUCUCCCAGGCAGUGGCUGGAGCUGCAGUUGGACUGUGUGCAGCAUGACAACUACCCCUGCCUCCUGGGGUACGACUGCCCGUCUGGAGAGGAGCUCCUCCAGUCCUCCUUCUCCUACCAGUUUGAUGCACACCAGGUCCACGUGUAACGAGCGGCCACUGUUGUAUUCACGUUGUUGUUUUGCGAGUGGCAAUGUGAAUUAUUUCUCCUG